CGCUUAAUUGUGCUCGAGUUGUUUAUCUAAACAAAAGGUAUACUUGAGAGAUUAUAGAGACAUCGUUUGCAAGGACACAUCGUGAUAUCGACGAGGAAAUAUCGUUUCUGAUUUUAUGUUGAUUAGGUGACAAUGGACUCAUUUGGUCCUCUUUAUUUAUUGUUCCUCUUAGGAAUCGUCCUAGCUGGACAUUGCACGCAGGCGCGCAACUUGAAGAUCACAAGAGAGCGAAGAUCAGCUCCGUAUCAAGUUAAAGUCACUACGGGUGUUCAGGAAGGAGCGGGGACUGAUGCCAACGUGUACUUAACUGUUUAUGGAACCAAAGGAGAGACUAUGGAAAAGAAGCUGAUAAACACUUUUGAAAACAACUUUGAAAAAGGAAAAGUUGACAACUUUCAACUGAAUUUAAUGGACGUGGGCGAGAUAAAAAAGAUAAAAAUAAGGCACGACAACUUUGGAUUUAUGCCAGAAUGGAACCUGGAUGGGGUCAAAAUUACUGCGCCUGGGGGACAGGUAUAUGUAUUCACAUGUGACUGUGAUUUGAAGCAAGGAGCUUUGUCGAAAGAACUAUUUCCUUCUGGACAGGGAUCAAAACAAGGCGCUGUGGUUGGUGGUUUUGUUGGCGUUUUUAAGGACUCUUCCCACUGCUGGCCGUUUAAUGAUGCUCAAGCCGACUCAUCUCCUGAUUUAGUAGGAAACUUCCCAGCUCAGCUUAAGGACGGGGCUAGAAUAGUAGAUUCCGCGGCAAGAGGAAAAGUAGCCUCCACACUUGAACAAAACAGUUGGAUUGAUCUGGGAAACUUUAAGGGAAGAUGCAUUAGUGACCCAUCUUUAUGUGCUAAUGGAGUUACCAUGAUUUUCUGGGCAAGAAUCGAACAAGCAGCCCUCCUAACCGAUCAGCAGCUUCCGAAAUACAUAUUAUCCAGUGGAGGGUCAGAUCACAGAUCCCGAGGAUUCUCUUUUUUCCAUCAGAACUAUCAGUUUGUACUGAGAGUGUCGGCGGCUGAGAAAGAAUGGAGAAUUGAGAUACCACAAGGACAAAUACCGCUAAAUUCUUGGUUUUCAUUCGCAUUUACCUGGAAAAAUGAGGAGGGACUAAAGUAUUACAUCAACGGAACAGAGGCUGGUAUUAAACAGAUGAGCGAAAGCUUGGGUCAGAUAAGAGGAAACGAAUUCAACGACUUAAGGAUAAGCAAACCCAACCAUAACAAUCUAGUGCAGGAGAUGUUACCAAUGAAGUUUGACCAGUUUGCUACUUGGAACAGAAUUUUGCAACCAGACGAGGUUAACCAGGCUUUUAACCAGGGUGGUGGGCUUCCUGACAAAGAAGGAAAACCCAACCCUCAAGCUUGUGAGCCGAACCCCUGCCUGAAUGGAGGAACGUGUAAGACUGAUGCUGACUCUCCUGAAGGCUACCGCUGUAUUUGUACUCCGCAAUACGCAGGAGUGAAAUGCGAAAUCAAGGAAGAUCAACAGCCACAGACUACUCAGGCAGGUACCACUAUUGCAUCUAGCACUGGUGCUACUGCUAGCGGGGCAUCCACCACUGCAAGCCCCACCAGCAGUACUUUUACCACCGGAGCAUCUGGAGGAACCACACGCAAAACAGGCAGCACCGCCAAAUCUACAAGUGGUUCUUCUACACCACUUACAGGCACCGGUUCAAAAGGCACCACUGCAAAACCUACAGGCAGCACUACAGGAGCAACAGGGGGAACCACACGCAAAGCAGGUACCACUGCGAAAUCUACAAGUGGUGCCUCUACUAGUAGAGCUCCUAGCACUGGAUCAUCUGGAGGAACCACUCGCAAAGCAGGCACCACUGCAAAACCUACAAGCGGUGCCUCUACUAGUAGUGCUUCUACCCCUGGAUCAUCUGGAGGAACCACUCGCAAAGCAGGCACCUCUGCAAAACCUACAAGUGGUACUUCUAUCACAGGAGCAACCGCUACUGCAACACCCACCAUUUCAUCCGCUGCCUCAACAGGUGCCACAGGCCCAUCUGCUGGAUCUACAACAGCACCUCCAACAACAGCUCCUCCGUCAACAGCUACUCCGACUGGAACACAAAGUCCACCACCAGAUAUAGAGCAACUCAAGAAGGAUGUAGAGAAGCUUGUCAACGUCUUCCGAAAUCUCCACCAAGCCUCAGAUGUGUCGGAUAGUCAGGAACUGAACCAAUUAGCCAGCGAAUGGGCAGAAAAUCUCGCAGCUUCUGGCGAAGAAAAGAUUGAUCCUGACUCAGAAUUUGGGCAACUGGUAUGCAGCCAUCAGGCAGAAGCUGAUAUUGCCAAGGCAUGCGCAGUCAAAUGGUAUAGUGCCAUCAGGUUCUUUGACUGGGCUGAUCCUAAGCUCACUGUAAAGACGUCUCCGUUCACACAGCUGGUAUGGCAAAGUACCACAAGCAUCGGAGUUGGUAUCGCUAAAGCUAAGGGAAAUUCCAAGAGAGAGAAUGUCCCGGGCAAAUAUUAUAUUGCAGUGUUUUUAAGUCCUGCACAGAGUGAUGACAAGGUUAAAGAAAACGUACUUCCUGCGGCUGGAAUCUCUACACCCUCACCAGAUGCUGCCUGUCCUGAAGGCUACUUUAAAAUACCGAUGGGUGUUACUCGAUCAUGUUUCACCGUCCGUAACACACCAGUGACCUGGGAUGACGCUCUGCUUGGUUGUGCUCUUGAUAACGGUACCCUGGCUUCGCUUGAGAGCAGAGAGGAAGCUGACCUGGUUGUUAGUUUAAUUGCAAAAGCCAACCUUACAGAAGCUUGGAUUGGACUCCAUGAUCGCUCAACCGAGGGCCGUUACGUUUGGGUCUCAGGAUCGCAAAUUCCAUUCUCCGAGUGGCUGCCCGGUGAACCUGAUGGAAAUGAAGGACAGAGCUGUAUCGUGCAAGCCAAAGGGGAAUACGGACCUGGAUGGGCUGACAGACAAUGUUCCGAUAGAAAGGCUUUUGUCUGCGAGGUUCCCGCUCCUGGUCAUACCUUUUACAAGUUAACGUUUAACCUGACGGAACCACAAACACAGUCGUCCCAGUACACCUCCUAUUCUCAGUACUCCCAGUCCUUUUAUCCUGGGUCAUAUUACCCAACCGUGUGUGCGCCUGUCAUUCAGAAUGUGAAUGACAUUCUCAGGGAUACGAUCGCCCGUUACUUCCAAGCAAAGAACCUUUCAGUUCAGCCAAUUGUGAACACAAUCAGGUGCUUGCCAGACGGCAAAUCAAUUGUUGAGGUUAUCUUGAGGUUAGGUCCGGAGGCCAGUCCUGACUCGAUUGAUUCACUUAAGACCAGUAUUAAUGAGAAUGAUGGAGAACUGGAACUAGAAAAUGGAGUAUCUGCUAAACUUAUCAAUGUGACAAUUCUCCUGCCAGGCGCGUCACUUUGCCCAAACCAAUGUGUGAGCAGCACCUGUCAGCCAGGUUGUGACCCGACUUGCUGCGCCCAGGCUCCAGCUCCAGUAGCAGCAGUAGGAGUAGCAGCAGGAGCAGCAGCAGCGGGAGCAGCAGCCGUUCAGUAUCCAUCACCAGCUUCUUACCAACCUGAACCAAUCUACCCCCAAAGAAACCCAUAUCAGUGCCCCAUUGCUUGCACCAAUAAUGUUAACUUCUGCCCAUCUUACUGCGCGCCAUAUUGUUGUAAUAAAAGACGAUCGCGAGUACGAAUACAUAAGUUUUAACCCCGAUUUCAUUUUACCGGUGUUAAACACAAUUUUUAGUUUGUAAACGUUUUAUUUUAAAAUAGCUUUGACCCUACUGUAGUUUGUUAUAAAUGGUUUGAUAAUUUAAAGAAGAUAUCUGGCGUUAGUUAGAUUGCUUUUUCUGCAAAACAUAUUUAAUGAAAAAGAUGAUGUAGAACUGAGUCAGUUUCGAUAAAGAUAUUAAAAUAAUGUAUAUUAAUCAUGAUCUAACCACGAAGCAAACAAACAUGGUAGGGUCCUUCGCACAGACAAGUGUUUAAUACGCUUUUCAGUUUAACGUUCCGAUUUAUAUAACUUAAGGGGAACGACAAAGACAGUAAGUUACAAAAACAGUAACACUAACAAAACGUUGUGAGACUCUAGCAUCAGCGAUUGAUGUCGGUUGGAUGUUUGAACUUGUUUAUUAGGUUAAAUAAAAAAGCUUGCACUUAU